AUGAAAAUUCUGCCCUCGCGUGCCCAACUGAAGGAGCGGCGCAAAGUCAUUGGUCGACAGAAAAGAGGAGGCUGGGAGAUGAACAAUCUUGCCGAGCUUGUUGAGUGGGGUCAAGCGCAUCGGUGCGACACCGCCGAGGCAUUUUUUGACCGUGGUGAAGGAUUCACCCGCAGGCUGAUUGUACUGGACGUCUUUGAAGGGACGUAUGCCGAUCAAGGCGACGACAAACCCUACGUUGGACUAGUGUUGUCCUCGCGGCAGAACAUGUGGAAUAUUUCAUGGGCCCACGAAUGUCAAGGGUCGUCGUUGGCUAUAUCAACUGACGGAACGUGGGUGGACUUUGAUUGA